UGUUGGGUAUAGCGAAAGGCGCCGUUGUAAUUAAUUAUGGCAUUAUUCGACAGGCUUGCGAUCUGGAUGGGCAUCAGAAAGAAGGAAAUUAAUGUCCUUUGCAUCGGUCUUGAUAACAGUGGAAAAACAACGAUAAUCAACAAACUGAAACCCGCCGCGUCUCAGGCGCAAGACAUUGUUCCAACUGUAGGAUUUACAGUGGAAAAGUUUAUGUCACAAAGCCUCACCUUUACAGUUUUUGAUAUGUCUGGUCAAGGAAGAUACAGGACUCUAUGGGAACACUAUUACAAAACUGCACAAGCAGUAAUAUUUGUGCUGGACAGCAGUGAUCAGCUAAGAAUUGUGGUAGCCAAAGAGGAGUUAAAUAUUUUAUUACAACACCCAGAAAUUGCUUCAAGAAGAGUACCUAUUUUAUUUUUUGCCAAUAAAAUGGAUUGUAAUGGUCUCUCACCAGUGCAGAUCAGAUUCGCUCAGGAAACUUUUCAGAUCAAAGUGGGAAACGCAAAGGUCGUUAACCUUGCACUAUCUAAGCACUAGGAUUUCAAAACCUUCUACAAAUUAGGAAAAAGGAAGUUAAGUUACUUGUACUAACUGUAUAUGUUAGUGCACAAAUACAUAUGGUUGAUCCUAUCAUUUUCAGUACGGAUAUGUAGUCCUUUGAAGAGCUCCUGUUAUAUUGUUAUGUAGCCAUUAUGCUCAAUGUAUUUUCAAUUGGUUCUCAGUGGCUGAAACAGAAGAGCUGCUCUCAUCGCUUUAUGUAUGUACAUACUGUUACUGGUAGUGGUUAUCAAUAGCAAUUGUCAGUGAAUGCAAAAAACAUGUUAACUUAAGUCGUGAAUAGUCAUAACAAGUGAUUGCAUUGAAGCAUUACAAUCUGAGGACCUGUAAAAAAUGGCUUCCACAUAUGGUUGCUGGCAAUCACUGUUGGACAUACCCAUAGUAUGAUAGAUAUUAUUUUUAAAGCAGUCAUGGAACAUUGUUUUAGGGUUUUCCUAGCUUUUAAAUGUUAGCUGUGUAACUGAUUGUUUCUCAGAAUGAACAAGCACCAAGGCAUUAAAUCCAGAAG